UUGAAUUUCCAGCAGUCCUGUUAAACACUUCAACAGGAGAGAUCGAAUCUGAAUUCCACACAUAUGUCCAGCCCCAGGAGCAUCCUAUUCUCUCUGAAUUUUGUACAGAACUAACUGGCAUAACACAGAAUCAAGUUGAUGAAGGGGUCCCUCUAAACAUUUGUUUAUCACAGUUUUUGAAAUGGAUCCAAAAGAUACAAAAGGAGAAGAAAAUUAUAUUCAGUUCAGAUAUUCCAAGUCAUUCUACUUCAGAGGCAAAGCCAUGUACCUUUGUUACUUGGACAGACUGGGACCUGGGUGUGUGUUUGCAGUAUGAGUGUAAAAGGAAGCAGCUGCGAAAACCUGACAUUUUAAAUUCCUGGAUUGAUCUCAAAGCAACAUACAGGGUCUUCUACAAUAGGAAGCCUAAAGGGCUAAACGGUGCUUUGCAGGAUUUGGGGAUGGCUUUUGCAGGACGAGAACAUUCUGGGUUGGAUGAUUCUCGGAAUACUGCCCGUCUUGCUUGGAGGCUGAUUUGUGAUGGAUGUGUGCUGAAGGUUACUAAAUCUUUGGAUAAGGUUAGUAACUACUUCCUAUCUUCCCUUCUACUUGCUUUGUUGCCCGGAAUACAGAUGAGGGAUGUCCACGUUGUUCCUAGCAGCAGCUCAAGGACUGAUUUACAUGCUCAAGCCCAAAGCUCUUUAGCAGCAUCUACUGACAGAUUUCUUGUUCCUCUUGAACAGGCGCAGCAAUCUCGCAGCACUGUGUCAACAGGCAUUCGGCAAGAAUUGAACAAUGGGCAACCUCUGAGUACAGCCAGAUAUAGCCCUCCAGUACAUGGAUCAGGACUGGUGCUCGUCUCAACUACCAUCUCCUCAGUUAAUAUCUCCAAUGAGGAUAUCAGUACUAGUUCCGAUUGCUUAUCUCUGUUGGCUGACUGGGAAGAUGUCGCUUUAAUACCAGAAUCUCAAUAUGAACAAAAUUCAGACUAUAAUCAAAGUUUGGAGAAAACCGUAGCACCUGUGGAACCUCUGAAAUCUAUCAUUUACAGAAGUCCUGACACUACUAUCUAUAAUGUAGGAACAGUACAAAGGCAGACUUCAAAUUUUUCAGCUUUUAAGUUACCAUCUGCAAAGGUAAACGCUAUUUCAGCACAAUCAGCAUUAAUUGGAAAUUAUUCUGCUCCUUCAGAGGUUCCUAAAAGAAAGCCAACUAGUCCAAAAACGUUCCCACCAGCAAAAAAACAGUCUUUUGCUAUAUAUAAAGAGAAAACUGCAUCUUUUGAUCAUUCCUUACCUUUAAGAAGUUCAAAUUUGCCCAGAUUGUCUCCUGCCAUUCUGAACUCCGCAGUCAAUUUGAAUCAGACUGUAAGAGCUGUGAAAAAUGGAAAACCAACUCCCCCUCUGUGUAACUGCGGUCGAAGAGCUAAAAAACUGUAUGUGUCAAAUGCUGGUCCAAAUCACGACAAAGCAUUUUUUUGUUGUCCUGUUGGCAAGCAUGAAGGUAAUAAGAAAGGUUGUGGAUACUUCAAGUGGGAAUAUGCACUUCUAAAAGAGAAAUCUAAUGGUUUCACCCUGAAUGCGGAUGCUUUGACCUCUCUUGGAACUUACACCAGUAAUUUAGGAAAUUCUUCCAACAAAAAAUAUUUGUGUCUUAGACCCUCUAUGAGAACUUGA